AUGACUCUUCUUCUUCUUCUUCAAUUAGUCUCUGUAAUUUUAUUCAACCCAUCAACCACCCACGCACAACCCAUCACCGAAUUCACCUUCAAUGGCUUCCAAACAUCAAACCUAACCCUAGACGGUGUAACCGAGAUCAGACCCAACGGUCUAUUAGCCCUAACCAACAACACAAGACAGAUAACAGGCUCUGCUUUUUACCCAACCCCAAUCAUCUUCAAGAACUCAUCAACAAAUGGUUCAUCCAUGAUCUCCUUCUCCACUUCCUUUGUUUUCGGGGUCAUACCCGAAUUCUCAAAUUUGGGUGGACAUGGAAUCUCAUUCGUAAUCGCUCCUCAACCCAAUCUACCAGGUGCUUUGCCAAAUAACCACAUGGGUGUGUUCAACGAUUCGAAUAACAACGGGAAUAUAGCAAACCGGAUUAUAGCUGUCGAAUUUGACGAGAACCAGAGCCUUGAAUGGCAAGAAAUCAACAAUAAUCACGUUGGGAUUAAUAUCAACAGCUUGAUUUCAGUUGUGUCUGAACCAGCCGGGUAUUACUCUGGAACCAACUUUAGUAGCCUGCAAUUGAUUAGCGGAGAACCCAUGCGGGUUUGGAUUGAUUAUGAUGGUGGGAUAAAACGAAUGACAGUUACAAUGGCUCCAAUCGAAAUGAAGAAACCGUCUAGACCGCUGCUGUCUCUAGUUCAAGACCUGUCUGAGUUUGUUAAUCCUAAUAUGUAUGUCGGGUUUGCAUCAUCAACCGGUUCGAUGUUUACAUCUCAUUAUUUAUUAGGUUGGAGCUUCAAAGUUAAUGGUCAAGCUCAAGAACUUAUAAAUUCCAAUCUUCCAGAGCUACCUAGGAUUGAAAAGGGAAAAUCGUCCAAGUUUUUAACAAUUGGGUUGCCUUUGGUUAUCGUUUUUGUUGUGUUAGUGGUUAUAAUAGUUCUAGUUUAUUAUGUUCGACGAAAGAUGUUUGCUGAAGAAUUUGAGGAUUGGGAACUCGAAUAUGGACCUCAUAGAUUCAAAUACAAAGAUUUAUACUUUGCCACAAAAGGAUUUAGCAACAAUGAAGUAUUGGGUAAAGGUGGAUUUGGCGAGGUUUACAAAGGAGUUAUAGCCAGCUCAAGAACCGAGGUUGCGGUUAAGAGAGUGUCGCAUCAAUCAAAGCAAGGGAUGAGGGAAUUUGUCGCGGAAAUUGUUAGCAUGGGUCAGCUUCGCCACCGUAACUUGGUCCAACUCAUCGGAUAUUGUAGACGCAAACAUGAGCUAUUAUUGGUUUAUGAGUAUAUGUCCGGAGGAAGCCUAGACAAAUUGCUUUUUAAUGAGUCCGGUUCAACUCUAAGUUGGAGGCAACGUUUGUUGAUCAUUAAGGGAGUAGCCUCGGGUCUUUUCUAUUUGCACGAGGGUUGGGAAAAAGUUGUUAUACAUAGAGAUAUUAAAGCCGCUAAUGUUUUGUUGGACAAUGAAUUAAAUGGAAAAUUGGGUGAUUUCGGGUUGGCUCGGUUAUAUGAGCAUGGAGAUGUUCCUCAAUCGACCCAUGUUGUUGGUACAUUAGGUUAUCUUGCCCCGGAACAGAUGUGGACCGGAAAGGUGUCUGAAGCUACCGAUGUCUACGCUUUCGGGGCAUUUUUGCUCGAAGUUGCGUGUGGAAGGAGACCGGUUGAAAUAAAAGAAGAGCAAUUUGUUUUGGUAAAAUGGGUGUUCUCUCUUUGGACAAAAGGUUUGAUUAUUAAUGCGGUUGAUCCAAAUUUAGGUGGUAUAUUUGAUAUUGAAGAGUUGGAAUUGGUGAUGAAACUUGGUUUGCUUUGCUCGAAUGCUGAACCAACCGAUAGGCCUACUAUGAAGCAAGUGGUGGACUAUUUGUCGAGGGAUGUCCCACUUCCCGAGCUCACGUCGAUUGGGAUAUCGACGGGGUUGUCGUUUCCUCAAAGGGAAGGAAACGGAAUCAAUGAUUUUGCCAUGUUGUUUACAUCUUCAAAUGAUGAAGAAGCAUCCAAUCAUGCAUCAUCUAUGGCUGAUUCGCUUCUCUUUGGAAGUAGAUGAUCAGUAUUACUUA